AUGUUGCCAGGCGUUUGCCCUCCCCGUCUCCCACCUACCCACCACGGAUCGCUCGUGCAGAUGGCCCCCCUUGGGGACCGGGUCCUCAUCCGCCCCAAGGAGAACGACCAGAGGACGGCGGGGGGGGUACUCCUGCCUGAGUCCGCCCGCCAGGGUGGCAUGGACGCCCUGGUGGGCACGGUGGUCGCGGUGGGGGAGGAGGCGGAGCUGGGCCUGGAGAGCGGCGACACAGUGCUGUUCAGCAAGUACGGAUCUAGCGAGGUGGAGAUCCCCGGCGGCUCGAUCAGCUUCGUGCAGGCCAAGUCUGUGCUGGCCAAGCUGUCCUGA